AUUGGAAAAACUUAUAUUGUACAUAAGUAAAAUAUUUGUCGGUAGAUACAUACAAACUCUAUAACAGUAGAGUUUCUCCAUUUUUAGGUGGGAGCAUACAAAAAUUGGCAGAAUUUUCACCGAUAAAGUAGUUUUAAGUUUGGCAAUUUUGGAGGAGAAGUUUGGAGAAUGACGUUGGUCCUAUAAAACUAAGCUAAUGUGUCUUGUAGUCUUCAGUUUGCGCACCUUGCCUUGCGCAACCGCUACUUUACUUUCUCUAUGAAAUAUCACACUCCACUUCUUCACGACUUCACUUCUUCCCAUUACUUUCUUCCCAACAUUUCUCUCUCUUUCUUUUUGUCUCUCCUCUCUAUAUAUAUAUUGUGUAUUGUGUAACUAACUACUAAUGAAACAUACAUAAUUAGUUAGUGCACACUACUUCAAAGAUCAUAUCAACUCAAUUAUUCAUGGAGAAUUCAGAAGAUAUUGAUCAAGAAAAUGGGAUGAAAGAAAGUCUCUUAGAUAAACAUCCCUCAAAACAUCAAGUUGGUGGUCUCAGAACCUUGCCUUUCAUUUUAGCAAAUGAGGGAUUUGAGAGAGCUGCAUUUUAUGGGCUGGAGCCCAAUAUGAUAGUUUAUUUGAUGGGAAAUUAUGGCUUGAAAAUGACAACUGGGUCCAACAUUAUUUUCUUGUGGUCUGCUGCUACCAACUUCACCCCUAUUUUGGGCGCCUUUCUGGCUGAUUCUUAUGUGGGCCGCUUCUGGAUGAUCGCAUUGGGCUCCAUUUUUAGUUUCAUGGGGAUGAUGCUCUUAUGGUCAACAACUAUAAUCCCAGGAGCAAGGCCAUUCACAACAGCCACUAACACAACCACUUCUCCAACACCAUUUCAGCUCAUUCUUCUUUUCUCCUCACUUGGUCUAAUGUCAAUUGGCACUGGUGGCAUUAGGUCAUCCACCUUAGCCUUUGGAGCAGAUCAACUAACACACAACGAAGACGAAAAUGCAAAACCGAGUUGUGUUGGAGUUUUGGAGAGCUUCUUCAAUUGGUACUAUUUUUCGGUGUCGUUUGCCGUUCUCUUCGCUCUUACGUGUGUUGUGUAUAUACAAGAUCAUGCAGGGUGGCGAGUAGGGUUCGGAGUUCCGGUCUUGCUUAUGUUACUUUCUACUAUAUCUUUCUUCUCGGCUUCUUCGUUUUAUGUUAACGUGAAGCCUCCUAAGGCUAGCUUGCUUACUCAGUUUGCUCAAGUCAUUGUUGCUUCUUGGAGAAAUAGGCAUUAUGAUUUUUCAAGCCAGUUGAAUAUGGAUAGGGUUUAUCAUGUUGUGAAAGGAUCAACAUUGGAAUUUCCAAGUGAGAAACUAAGGUUUCUAAACAAGGCAUGUAUUGUAAAGGACCCUACACAAGAUGUCACGCCAGAUGGAGUGGCUGUGGAUCCAUGGCAUCUAUGUACGAUAGAUCAAGUUGAAGACUUCAAAUCAAUCAUCAACAUAAUCCCAUUAUGGUCAACUGGAAUUAUGUUGGGUGUAAAUGCAAACACAAGCUCAUUUCGAGUUCUUCAAGCAAUCUCAAUGGACCGACAUCUCUUCACACAAAACUUCGAAAUUCCUCCAGGCUCCUUCGGUACCUUUGCUCUAAUCACUUUAAUGCUUUGGCUUGUCCUCUACGACCGUAUCAUAAUCCCUUUAGCAUCUAAGGUCAUGGGCAAACCCGUACGUUUAAAUGUAAAAACUCGGAUGGGAAUCGGGUUGUUACUCUCAUUUAUAUGUUUGGUGGUGGCCGGAGUUGUGGAGAGUGUUCGCCGAGAGAUGGCAACUAGAGGAGAUCACGAUGGUGCCUCUUCCAUGGUGCGUAUGUCGGCAUUAUGGCUAGUGCCACAAGUUUGUCUCUUCGGACUGGCCGAAGCUUUUACUGCAAUCGCUCAAAUCGAGUUCUUCUACUCGGAGUUCCCUAGGAGUAUGUCAAGCAUGGCCUCUAACCUGUAUGGGCUAGGCGCUGGUGUUGCAAGCUUGGUUGCAAGUGUGAUUAUGAGUGGUGUUGAUCAUGUCACUACAAAAUUUGGGGAGAGUUGGGUAUCUAGCGAUAUUAAUAAAGGUCACUAUGACUACUACUACUGGAUUCUGGCUGGUUUGAGUUUGCUCAACUACGUAUAUUUUGUAUUUUGUAGUAAGGGAUAUGACCAAGGAAAAAGGGCUCUCCGAGACACGAAGGUGAUUAGUAAUGCAUGACUUAUUUGUUUUAGAUAGUUGUUUAGAAAGGAAAUUGACUAAUUGUACAUUGUUUAGUGAUAUCAAUAAUGUUAAAUUAGUUGAAAGAUCAUAGCUAUGUAUAUGAAUAUAUAAUCCCAGAUCAAUAAGCAUUUUUGUGUGUUUUAUGAAGAUUAA